GCCAGAAACGGCUAUAAAAUGGCUUAAACGGCAACACUGUCUCGAAAUGCAGCUCGACCAGCGCUAAAAUAGUGAAAAAAUAGUUUACCCAACACUCCAGCGCCGAGCGGUUAAUAAGAAAACACACACGAAUUAAAUGUUUCGCGCUAUCGCCGAGGGAGCUAAGAAGCAGCAUCCGCUCCCCAGACUCGUCAGUUCCCGCUCCCACUGCCGCUCCUCCACAGCCUGAUCCUCAGCCUCGUCCUCCUCCUAGUCCCCCAACCCUCCUGGUUGCCCUGCGCCGGCCAACGAUGACGGAUGGCGAACAGCAGGAGGCACUGGUCAAGCGGGCCGAGGACGAGCGGGAGGGCAUCUUUCGCCGCUACGAGCUUGGCCUGGACCCCACCAACAAGGUGGACUCCUGGGAGAAUCCCACCUUCGAGAUCUAUCACAUAACAGACAAAUAUGGCUUCAUGCACGACUCCCGCCUGCCGGAAACCCGCGACGCUCAUGAGGUGCAUCGCACCAAAAUCGAAGUGGAGCGCGUUAAGAAAUGGGUGAAGAUGCUGGAGACUUGGCCACCGCCGCCAGACAAGCUGCACAAGCGCGUAUACAAGGGGAUUCCCGAUCGCAUGCGCUGGCCGGCCUGGAUACGAUUGCUAAAUGUCAAGCAAUCGAUCGAAAACAACAAAGAUGUGUACAACCGCAUGCUGGUGCUGGCCAAGAAGUACUCCACGGAGACGCGACAGAUCGAUGCCGACGUAAACCGGCAGUUUAGGGACAAUCUCGCCUACCGGGAGCGCUACAGCGUCAAGCAGUGUUCCCUUUUCAAUGUGCUCAACGCCUACAGUAUCUACAACUCGGAGCUGGGAUACUGCCAGGGCAUGGCCUGUGUCGCCGGCGUCCUGCUGCUCUACAUGCAGGAGGAGGAGGCCUUCUGGGCUCUAAACACGCUAAUUACGGACCAAAAAUAUGGAAUGCACGGCCUGUUUAUUGAAGGCUUUCCCAAGCUGACGCGCUUCAUCGACCACCACGAUCGCAUACUGUCCAAGAUAAUGCGCAAGCUCCACAAGCACUUUACCAAACACAACGUUGACGCGCUGCUCUACGCCAUCAAGUGGUUUUUUGUGGUCUUCGUCGAACGAGUUCCCUUUAGCCUUAGUCUGCGUGUGUGGGAUAUAUUUCUGUUGGACGGCGAUAAGGUUAUUCUAUCCAUGGCCAUCACGAUCCUCUAUCUCCACAAGGACGAACUGCUGCAUCUCAAAGACAUGGACGCCAUCAUCGAGUAUUUGCAGGUGAAACUGCACAAGAACUUUGGCUACAACGACGACGACGCCAUCCAGGCUCUGGAGCGCGUUAUGAAAAAGCUGAAGGACCUGAAGCUGGACGUUCCACCGCCAGCCAAGUCAAAUGAGUUCCCCACGCGCACAUUGGGCGACUUUGUGGAGGCUGACAUGGAGAAGAAGAUCGGUCGCAGGCGCAACGAUUACACGGAUACCGAAAAGCAAGUCAUAACAGAUGUGAUAUCAAGACAAGAACAAAACGCGAUUGAGGUACAAUCGACAGUGUCCUACGAGACUUCGGAGUGCGCCACGGGUGAUGCAUACUCAAUGAAAACCUAUCAGAGUAUCACUAGCCUAGCCACCUCCCCGGCGAAUAGUAGCUACUCGCUGUACAGCAACGGAUAUGUGGUGACCACUCCCGAAAGUGUCCAAGACAAUGCUCGCAGCCAGAGUAUCCACAAUCUCAGCUAUCUCACCGCCCAGCAGCAGCCGUAUGCUCCGCCCAGCGGGCUGCAGCACACGCGGCACAGCUUCAGCAGCGAAAGCGAUAGUCGCACUCGCCUCGAUCUGGAUCAGGCGUUGGAGGCACUCCAGCGACAGCAACUGCACAUGCACACAAAGAGUCCCAGCAGCCAGGGUGUCUAUAUCAUCCACAACGGUCACCAGGAGGCAUCGGAUGCCCAGGUCAUUGCCAACGGAGACGGAGACGACGAUGAUGCGCUGAGCGUGGAGAACACGCGCCUCUAGUUUUAGUUCAUCCGUAAUCUUUCUUUGUGUAGUUAAUUUUUCCUCCUUUGUUUGUAUAACGCAUAUGCCAACUCUAAACAUUCAAUAGUAAUAUCCACGUACUUAGCUUUAAUUUUUGUGUGUCCAAAAAGCAGGAAAAUUGAAUUGUUAUCAUUUGCUCCUAGCGUUAAUUGAUUUUGUUUUCAGUGUUUUUUUUCUCCUGCAUACAUUCUUGUCCUUUGACUCUCUGAUAUUACCUACCCGAGAGACUAUUGUAUUCCAAAACAACAAACUGAUAACUCCUAAGAUUCCAAUGAUUUUUCUACGUACAACGAUUAAUAUUUAUUGUUAUCCGCCUAACUACUUUCCACUCUACACUACUUAAAACCUACUUAAACCACCUCUACUCUACUAUUUACGUAUUUUAAGCUUUGCCUUUGCAUUUACUAUGUUUUCGCUUAACGAUGAAACUCAACUUUAGUUUAUGUUAAAGCCAAAAUAGUAGCUGUAAUCUGAUUAGCCAAUAAUUAUAUGACUAUAUAUAUAUCUAUAGAUGAAGUACCAAACAAAUAAAAUGAUUUUGUACUGAAGAGCUAUUCGCUUGCCAGCAUGAUUGAUUUUCUAUUCGAUUACUCCAUAUUAUUGUAUGACAAGAACUGUUCCAGGUUCAGAAUCCAGUAUUUAUCCGAAGUAUUCGGUUCGAUUUGCACCUCACAACCAACAAAAACACUAACACCGCUAACAAAACCAAAAUUCACAUUGCCACCCACCACCACCACCCACCAGCCA